CCGCGGAUAACCAAUUACCUUCCACAUUCAAACUAGCACCGUCGUCAAAAAAAAACACUUUACAGUCUUACACAGAGAUAGCUGUGUAGCUGUAUACAUUGUACUACUCAUCACAUAAAGCCUAGUUGCUUGUCACUCAUUGCUCAGUGCAAAAUAGGUACGGCAAAAGGAAGCCAUUUGCCCAUUAAGUUAGCAUCCGACUGAACGAACUGACGGAGCAGCUCCACCGCCGUGCCCGUGGCCUUAGGCUUCCCCUCGCCUCGGCCCGCUUCCCUGCAGCGGUGACCUUCAGAAACCUUCCCUGCACUCUGCAGCGGUGAUUUUCAGAAACCACCAGAGCACUCACACGUAUUGCGAGGGAAAAGCAUCCGAAAUGGCUCUUGACACCAUCUACCUUGUAGCCCUGUGCAUCGCAGCGGUCUUCAUCCUUCUAUCAAUCCGCAUCCUUUACUUCAUCGCUCUGAUUCUUCUGGUGACGCUAGUCAUUUGUUUCUUUCUCUCGAUGGUCUCCGAUGGUGACCUCACUCUCAUGUUCUUUGAAGUGUUCGGAGACAAAGGAGAGAAUAUGAAUGGAAGAGUAGUUUGGAUCACCGGAGCAUCCAGUGGAAUAGGAGAGGAACUUGCAUAUCAGCUUGCUAGAAAGGGCGCCAAAGUUAUAUUGUCCGCCCGUCGUGUGAAUGAGCUGGAGAGAGUCCAUGGCAACUGUGUCCGAUUUCCAGGGGUGAGAGAGGAAGAUAUCUGGGUCUUACCGAUGGAUGCAACCAAGUAUGAUACUCAUCGUCAGCUGGCUGAAUCCAUUGUUGAUCGCUUUGGCAAGAUUGACAUCCUGGUCAACAACAGUGGGCGGAGCCAACGUGCAUUGGUCCAGGACUGCAACAUCGAGGUGGACCAGGCCAUCCUGGACCUGAACCUUCUGGGUCCGAUCUCGCUGUGUAAAGUAGCCCUACCGUACAUGCUAGAGAACGGUCACGGACAGAUCAUCAACAUCAGUAGUGCCACCGGAAAAAUGCCUGCCCCCCUCUCCACCGCCUACGCUGCCUCCAAGCAUGGCAUGCAUGGUUUCUUUGAUACAGUAAGAUGUGAGUUAGCUGAUAAGAACAUUGAUGUGACCAUGGUCUGCCCUGGGCCUGUCAUCUCGCACAUUGUAGAAAAUGCGUUGAGAGAAGACUUUACAAAGCCUGCUGUAAAGCCUUACGACGGGAAGGGAAUGCGCAGCUUCAGGGUUUUGAUGACGACCGAACGAUGUGCUGCCCUCAUUCUGGUUGCCAUGGCAAACAAACUCAACGAGGUCUGGAUUGCGAGGCAACCUAUUCUCAUCUUUUACUACAUCGCUCAGUAUAUGCCAGGUGUCCUAAAAUGGCUAAGCCCAUCCAUUGCUCGUGGGAGAGUUAAACAGUACAAGCUUAGUCAGGAUGAAUGAUGCUACAAGGAGGAUUUAUUGUAGGAGUGAUUGCAGUUACUUCAGGAAGUCCAAUUCAAAUUGGUCAUUAUGUAUGUGUUUGUGGGGAGGGGAGGGGUGAGGCAGUGUUGUAAUCAAGUAGAGUAGACUCAACAUGGAUUGAGUCUUAGUUAUUUGAUCCCAAAUUCACAAAGGUGUUUUUUUUAAACCAUCGGUUGAACCCAUGGCUUAUGCAAAUUUCCUGUAUAAAUUAUGCUUUUAACCACGUACAUUAAAAGAUGUCUAAUGCUGAUGUGCGCCUUUGUCUCAGUGCACCAAGUUGACGCCUGUUGCCGUGGUUAUCCACGCUUUUUUAUUCAUGAGUACACUGUUUUUAAUAAAUGAAUCCAUUCUCCAAACAGCGUACUUGGCCAAGGCAACAGGCGUCAAUAUGUCGCACUGUGACAAAAGCGCACAUCGCAUUUGUUUUUUUUUAUACAUGCAGUCAAUAGUAGUAAUUUAUAAUUACAGAAAAUUUGCAUAAAACCAUGGGUUCAACCAAUAUUUUUAUA